AUGGUUGAUGAUAGAGACUUUGUGUUCAAGUACUGGCCGGAACAGGCAUUGAUGGAGGACAUAUGCUCUCCGGAAGCCUACAUCUCAACCCACAACGACAACCACCAUAAUCUCUUCGCCACAAGCCUCCACCAUGCCGCCAACAGUCGCAUGCCACACCACCAACAGGACAGACUGGGCAUGCCAGGCCCCAGCUACUACGCCCCUGGAAGCCCCAACGCCGCCUUCUUCCAGAUGCCCACGCCGAAAAUGUCCACCCUGCCGGGGCCAUCAGGCCUGUCGCCAUCAUCAACAACAACAACAGCAACGACAACAGCAGCAGCAGCAGCGCCGCAUCACUACCGCCAGGAGUCGCCCACCAGCACACACAGCGACCGCUCGCAUUCCAAACAGCGCAGCUCCGCCCGGUCGACGGACGGCGACGAGUGUGACGACGAGGCGCAGGCCGCCAUCAAGCGGCAGCGCAACACCAUGGCGGCGCGGAAAUACCGCCAGAAGCGCCUCGACCGGAUCGCCGACCUGGAGCGUGCGUUGAGCGACAUGGCGGGGGAGCGUGACGAGCUGAAGCUGAAGCUUGCGAGGCGUGAAGCCGAAGUCGAAGCUCUGCGGGAGGUGCUGGGGAAGAGGUGA